UUUUUAACUAUCCGAGCACGUCACGCAGGCUGGCAACAGCAGAACAUAUCUAUACAGAAAGAUACCCAAUCAUGUUUCAGCGAAUCUAGCCUAUUGGUCAUCAUUAUUCCCCAUUGUCGACAACGGAUGGGGUGUGGCACUAACACAUUUCUGGCAUGUAGCGUCUGCUGAUGUUUUGACCUGGCAGGGUGUUUGUUAGGUGCCCUGAGAAUCAGGUGAAUAUUGCGCGUUUAUUGACUUUCUUAUCGAAAGUCCUCUGUAUGCAUUGUCAUAACCUGUUGUUCUGUCAUCACGGUCAUCACCCGGAGCAUCGGGAACAGAAGGAAAUAGAAUCACUUCACAAUGGGGAACACGGCUUUGAAGCAAAAAUAUGAAACUGCCUCCAAAACUGGUGUCCUGAAAAUAUCUCAAAGGAAAUUAACGGAAUUUCCAAAGACAGUGAAGUGCUUAGAACAAACACUUCGUGUCCUGGAUUUUUCUGAAAAUCAUUUUACCUCGUUACCCAAAGAAAUAGGAGUAUUCAUUCAUUUAAAGCAGCUUAAUUUGGAAAGUAAUAGACUUGUGAGCAUACCUGAAGAUAUUGGUAAUUUAGUGAAAUUGGAAACAUUAAAUAUAAGCAAUAAUCAACUUACAUCAUUGCCUGCAUCUCUUGCUAAACUUAAGCAUUUGAAGCAAGUGCAAAUAACAGACAACCUUCUUACAGUUUUCCCUACCAUGUUGUGUAAUCUUAAGCAUUUGGACUUUCUGGAUUUGUCACGAAAUAAAAUAAGUGAGAUUCUCGAUGGCAUCGAAAGCCUGUAUGUAAUAGAACUUGUGUUGAAUCAAAACCAAAUACGAUCUGUAUCUGAUUGUAUAGCUCGUUGUCCUCGUUUAAAAACUCUGAGGCUGGAAGAAAAUUGUUUACAACUGUCAGCUGUUCCACAUGCCAUUCUCACUCAAUCUUCCAUAUCAAUGAUUGCACUAGAAGGAAACCUUUUUGAAAUGAAAGAAUUUAUGAACCUUGAGGGCUAUGAUGCAUACAUGGAAAGGUAUACUGCCGUCAAGAAGAAAAUGUUCUAGAAGAUUCAAUGAAUGCUAUUUUUCAGGCUACUGUGUGUUCAAUAUUUGGUACUUGAUAUGUCCAUGGAUCUGUCCAAUUGAUUGAGGCACAGGAGUCCAAGUCAUUACAAUUGUUAUUAUUGAGUCAAGAUGCUUCAGAAAGGGACCAGCCCAGAUUUUUUAUUAUGGUGAUAAUAAUUUGUUUUUUUAGCGAUCAUAUACUUUAUUCCACUCUAUUUUUUUAAUCACUCUAAUAUUUAUGAUUAUUUUGCUUAU